AUGUAUAAAUAUUAUGUAAAAAAACCUAAAGCAAAGCCUAAAAUAAAGAACUACAAUCUACUUUUGCAGCUCGUAAGGAUUUAGAGAAAUAUUAUAAUGCAUUUAGAGAAGUUAAAGGAAAUGGAAAUUUUGUUGCUGUAUGAUUUUAAACUGGUAAUUGAUAUUUUCAAAAACAUUAUAUAAAAUUUGUAAUUGUAAAGAAAUUAUAUUUAAAAUAAUCUGAAGAAUUUAUUUUUUAAAUCCAAGACAUCUAUCAAAUUAAGUUUAUGA